UUCCCUGUACGACUUUUUAGUAUCAAAAGUUACUUCACUGAGAAUACUUCAAUUACAAUGGCUCCGAAGACUAGUGGAAAGGCUGCCAAGAAGGCUGGAAAGGCCCAGAAGAACAUCUCCAAGACGGACAAAAAGAAGAAGCGCAAGCGUAAAGAGAGCUAUGCCAUUUACAUCUACAAAGUGCUGAAGCAGGUCCAUCCUGACACUGGCAUCAGCAGCAAAGCCAUGAGCAUCAUGAACAGCUUCGUGAAUGACAUCUUCGAGCGCAUUGCUGCAGAGGCUUCUCGUCUGGCCCAUUACAACAAGCGUUCGACCAUCACGAGUCGCGAAAUCCAGACUGCUGUGCGUCUCCUGCUGCCCGGAGAAUUGGCCAAGCACGCCGUAAGUGAAGGAACUAAAGCCGUCACUAAAUACACCAGCUCCAAGUAAAUUCUUCCAAAUCUUCUGAUUUGCAACAAAAAACGGCCCUUUUGAGG